GUUUUAUAAUUUUCUGAACAGACUGAGACUCAUCUGAUAACCUUUGCACACGCUUUCAGGGUGCUGAUUGGUACGCAGCUCUGCCUCUACUUGGUGUUUUCAUUUUUAUUGUUUAUCGUGCACCUGCAACAGGAGCAAACUUGUUUCUCAAGUUGCUCGCUUCUGUCGAAUUCUUUUAAUCCUUGUAAAGAGCUUUUUGCUACUUGAUCUUCGAUAUUUGCGUCCAUACCUACUUCCUGAUUGUCCGCCUUCGUAAGAAGAUUUGCCAUACUCAGUCAAGAGAAGAGUAAAGUCUCCCACUAAGCACUUAGCAAAGAUGAUGCCUCCUGGUGCUGAUCCGCGAGCGAUGUAUGAGAUCCCGCACGAGCAGAAGCUACCGGUGACGGUGAUCACUGGUUUCUUGGGUGCAGGAAAAACAACCUUGUUGAACCAUAUUCUGACGACGAAUCACGGACUUAAAUUUGCGGUUAUCGAGAAUGAGUUUGGUGAAAUCGGUAUCGACACCGACCUUGUGCAGACCAAGGAAAACAUGGCGGAGGAAGUCAUAUCUAUGGACAACGGAUGCCUCUGCUGCACCGUGCGAGACGAUCUUGUCAAGGGCGUCCGAAAAAUACUUGCGCUCGGAAAAAAACUUGAUGGUGCGACGUCCUUGUAGCCUUUUUCAUAGAUUCCGAUUCGUCAUAAAAAUAGUGUUUACUCACCGGAACCCCUUUCCUAAGGGCAACUUAUCUACGGGUACAACAUGUACUUGUACAAGUGAGCGGGAUGUUGACAGAUUGCAUUUUACUGCACGCUGUAUCAAGUAGGUGUUCUCGCUUCGCAAUUCUCCACCCUCCUCUUUCUGUAGGUAUAAUCAUCGAGACAACGGGUAUGGCAGACCCAGCGCCCGUCGUCCAGACCUUCUAUCAAAGCCCAGACUUGCAGCGACGAUGCAAGGUCGAUGGUGUCAUCACAGUUGUCGACUCGAAGCACGUGAAGCAGCAUCUCUACAACACUGAGUACUUCAGCUAGGCCUGCUGUAUGCGUGGUUGUUCCUCAAAUUAGAUUUGGAACAGUAUGUCUUUGACGCUUGUUCUGAUAUUCUCUAUAUACGAAUGUUGUAGUCUCACGAAGUAUAAGAUAAGCACCUGUAAUGAGUUCCUCUUUGAUCAUCAAAAUCAAAUUUUCUCAAUCACAACAGCAUAUCAGAAGGCGCAGUGAACGAGUCAAUGCAGCAGGUCGCUUUUGCAGACCGAAUCUUGAUGAACAAGAUCGAUCUUGUUGAAGAAAAUGAAAAGAUACAGUUGAAGCAUGACUUGAACACCAUCAACAAGGUAAUGUAGAUUAGUUAAGGAGAAUCGUUUCUUAAAUUCGAAGGCCAAUGAGACAGAUAGCUAUGGUGCUUUUACGAAGAUGUGAUAAUGUUUUCUCCACCCAACACCGACGCGUUAUCAAUCUGUGGGUUAUCAAUCUGUGGAUUUAGAUUAACAGGAAAUCUACUACAUGUAGUAAGUAAUAGUGCUCAUCCACUGUCUCUGCUAGUUCACUGUGAUACUGGUACCUCCACCACAGAUGGCAGAUAUUGUCGAAUGCCAGAACUCCAAGGUGGACCCAAAGUUGCUCAUCGGCAUCGACAAAUUUAACCUAGAAAAAGUGCUUGAAUUCGAUCCCGACUUUUUGAAGGGAGGAGAUAGCCAUGACGAUCACGAUCACCAUGACGAUCACGAUCACGACGAAAAUGGUGAUUGCGUGCUAGAUCACGGACACGGUAGCGAGUCGCAUGGUCACGGUCACGGUGGUGAGUCACACGGACACGGCCACGGAAGUAGUAGUGAAUCGCACGGACACGGCCACGGAAGUAGUAGUGAAUCGCACGGACACGGCCAUGGAGGUAGUAGUGAACCGCAUGGACACGGCCAUGGAAAUAAUAGUGAAUCACACGGUCAUGGGCACGGUGGCGGCGACAAAGCGGCGUUCAAGCCAAAAACGAGGCACGACCUCGCAGUGUCAAGCAUUGGCAUCAAGCUGAAGGCAGGAGAGGACAUGGACCUCAACAAGCUUAGGCGUACUACUACAUGUUACUUAUAGCUAGUCACUACAUUAUAUCAUUGGUGCAUAGACACUAUGGGAAUAUUCGUAGUUACCGGACUCACUUUAGAGCAUAAGAUAGUCUCACUUUGUGCCAUUUCCGAGGGAAAUGGCUGCCAUGGAUCUAGACCCACAAUGGGUUGUUGAUAGACCGCGUGACACCGUUGAAGAUGGGACCAUAGACGGAAACUGCUUGGAAGUAAGCGGGUUUCGCUCGCCGUUAUGG